CCAAUCAAGAAGUACAACACUUCCUCCCCCUCGAUGGCUAUUCGUAAGCCUCCGUAGCCAAAUCUGCUUUGUCUCCUUCCUUUCAAGCCUUCUCUCUUCCUUCUUUUGCUUUCUGAUUCAGAUAAAACUUCAAGUUUUCGUCUGAUGUCACAUUUGGUGAUUCACGAGGGGAUCACUUCUCGAAAGUGCUGAGCUUUUGAUUUCUUUGAAAGCAGGAGUUACGAAAAAAAAAAGUAGAAGACUUUAUCAUCCUGUCAGCGACUUCAUGGCCAGCUGCAACUUUUUGGCUAGAGACAAUCAUUGAUUCGUGUAAGAAAUCAUGAACAGGCAUAGGCUUGUGUCAACGUCACAAGCUUGCUCCUCUUCUCUAUCUCCUCCUGUCCAUAACUUUCUAAAUGUCCAGCCUGAAAACCCAAAAUCUCCUUUCAUACGCUCACAUUCUCCAGAUUCACCUGGUCAGCUAUGGCCGCCAAAGAACAGUUCUCAGGGCACGUUCUCGCGGUCUUCCACCUUCUGCACCAAUCUCUACGUGUCAUCAUCUUCAAGCUCUGAGGCUCAGAAACAUCUAGGAAACACUCUUCCCUUCCUCCCUGAUCCUUCUUCUAACGGCCAGCGUGCUUCUGCUGUGGAGGAGUCUGCAAGAUCUCCAUCUAUCUUCAGUGAGGAUUUGAGCAAUGCAUUUGAUGGGGACAAUGUCAGAGACUUCUUUAAUCUCUCUGGAGAUGCUUCUUCUGAUAGAGGCUUUCAUGAUCUUGACUGUUCAAAUGACAGCUACUGCUUAUCAGAUCAAAUGGAGUUGCAGUUCUUGUCUGAUGAACUUGAGCUGGCCAUUACAGACCGCUCUGAAACUCCCAGGCUCGAUGAGAUCUAUGAAACGCCAUUGCCUUCAUUAUCAAAUCCAGUGACCGGACUGAGUCAAAGCCAAAGAUGCGUCGUCACUGGAGCAGUGACCAUUGAGGCAGUUUCAUCUCACCCUUCUCCAGGUUCAGCAGCAGCAGCAGCAUCAAACCACAAGCCGAGAAUGAGAUGGACUGCUGAGCUCCACGACAGUUUCUUGAAGUCUGUGGACAAGCUUGAAGGCCCUGAAAAGGCCACUCCCAAGGCUGUACUGAAGCUCAUGAAUGUUGAAGGCUUAACGAUCUACCAUGUAAAAAGCCACUUACAGAAGUAUAGACUAGCCAAGCAUAUUCCAGAGAAAAAAGAAGCAGAGAAAAGGAAUGUUAACACAGAAGAGAAGAAACUGGCUUUGAGUAAUAGUGAAGCUGAUGAGAGAAAGAAAGGGGCAAUGCAGUUAACUGAAGCUCUGCGUAUGCAAAUGGAAGUUCAAAAACAAUUGCAUGAACAGCUCGAGGUGCAACGGGUGCUUCAGCUAAGAAUAGAAGAGCAUGCUAAGUACUUGGAAAAGAUGUUGGAAGAACAACGCAAAACCGGAAUGCUUAUGUCUUCUUCUUCUUCUUCUCAGACAUCAGAUUGUCAAAAAAACAUGUCUAAAAACGAAGAGUCUCUGCCUCAGACAAAGAACAUAGCUUCUGAAACCGAAGAAGACAAAUGUGAAUCCCCUCAGAAACGUCGCAGGGUUGAGAACAACACUGAAUCUGAAGAUCCUGAGAGAUAGCAAGUGGUGUUGUCACUCAAAAAUAGAUGUUUGUAAUGUAGAUCUUUUUCGGACACGUGUUAAAGUGUUCCCUUACAUUUGCUUGCUGAAUUCAACUUGUUUAAUUAUUCUUUUAAGUCUAA